GCCGCGCUCUCCCCGCAGCCGCCGCCGCAGCCGCCGCCUGGGCCGCCCCGUGUCCCCGGUGGAGCCGCCGCCGCCGCCGCCGGGAGCUCGAUGCGGACGGAGCCCGGGCCGGGCCAUGGGGAUCCUCAGCAUCACGGACCAGCCGCCCCUGGUCCAGGCCAUCUUUAGCCGCGAUGUGGAGGAAGUGCGUUCCCUGCUCUCGCAGAAGGAGAACAUCAACGUGCUGGACCAAGAGAGGCGGACCCCAUUGCAUGCUGCUGCCUACGUAGGCGAUGUCCCCAUCCUCCAGUUGCUACUGAUGUCAGGUGCUAAUGUCAAUGCUAAGGACACACUGUGGCUGACCCCUCUUCAUCGUGCUGCUGCUUCCCGAAAUGAGAAGGUGCUGGGACUGCUGCUGGCACAUUCAGCAGAUGUGAACGCCCGGGACAAGCUGUGGCAGACACCAUUGCAUGUGGCUGCCGCCAACCGGGCCACGAAGUGUGCUGAGGCUCUGGCACCCCUGUUGAGUAGCCUCAACGUGGCUGAUAGGAGCGGGCGUAGUGCCCUGCACCAUGCAGUGCAUAGUGGGCAUCUCGAGACGGUGAACCUGCUCCUGAACAAGGGAGCCAGCCUGAACGUCUGUGACAAAAAGGAGCGGCAGCCUCUGCACUGGGCAGCUUUUUUAGGGCAUUUGGAGGUCCUGAAACUGCUGGUGGCACGGGGAGCGGACCUCGGCUGCAAGGACCGCAAGGGCUAUGGGCUGCUCCACACAGCUGCUGCCAGCGGCCAGAUUGAAGUGGUGAAGUACCUGCUCCGGAUGGGGGCUGAGAUCGAUGAGCCCAACGCUUUUGGAAACACAGCUUUGCACAUCGCCUGCUACCUGGGCCAGGAUGCUGUGGCCAUUGAGCUGGUGAACGCAGGAGCCAAUGUCAACCAGCCGAAUGACAAGGGCUUCACGCCACUGCAUGUGGCUGCAGUCUCCACCAAUGGCGCUCUCUGCUUGGAGCUGUUGGUCAAUAAUGGGGCUGAUGUCAACUACCAGAGCAAAGAAGGAAAGAGUCCUCUGCACAUGGCUGCCAUCCAUGGUCGUUUCACCCGCUCCCAGAUCCUCAUCCAGAAUGGCAGCGAGAUUGAUUGUGCCGACAAAUUUGGGAACACGCCACUGCACGUGGCUGCUCGCUACGGACACGAGCUGCUCAUCAGCACCCUCAUGACCAAUGGCGCGGAUACCGCCCGGCGCGGCAUUCACGACAUGUUCCCUCUGCACUUAGCUGUUCUCUUUGGAUUCUCUGACUGUUGUCGUAAGCUUCUUUCCUCAGGUCAGCUGUACAGCAUUGUGUCUUCACUCAGCAACGAGCAUGUGCUUUCAGCCGGGUUUGACAUCAAUACGCCUGACAACCUUGGCCGCACCUGUCUUCAUGCUGCUGCUUCUGGAGGGAAUGUUGAAUGUCUUAAUUUGCUGUUGAGCAGUGGAGCUGACUUGAGGAGAAGAGACAAAUUCGGAAGGACCCCACUGCACUAUGCAGCCGCCAAUGGCAGCUACCAGUGUGCAGUCACAUUGGUGACGGCUGGCGCAGGCGUCAAUGAGGCCGACUGUAAAGGCUGCUCUCCCCUCCAUUACGCCGCUGCCUCUGACACCUACAGGAGAGCGGAGCCUCACUCAUCUUCCAGCCACGAUGCUGAAGAGGACGAGCCACUGAAGGAGUCCCGCAGGAAAGAGGCCUUCUUCUGUCUGGAGUUCUUACUGGAUAACGGUGCAGACCCCUCCCUGCGGGACAGGCAGGGCUACACAGCCGUGCACUAUGCAGCCGCCUACGGCAACAGACAGAACCUCGAGCUGCUCUUAGAAAUGUCCUUUAACUGCCUGGAGGAUGUGGAGAGCACCAUUCCAGUCAGCCCUUUGCACUUAGCUGCCUACAACGGUCACUGUGAAGCCCUGAAGACACUGGCUGAGACGCUGGUGAACCUGGAUGUAAGGGACCACAAGGGCCGGACCGCGCUCUUCCUGGCCACUGAGCGAGGCUCUACUGAGUGUGUGGAGGUGCUUACAGCCCACGGCGCCUCCGCACUCAUCAAGGAGCGCAAACGCAAGUGGACACCCCUGCACGCUGCUGCCGCCUCUGGCCACACUGAUUCCCUGCACUUGCUGAUCGACAGUGGGGAACGAGCUGACAUCACAGAUGUCAUGGAUGCCUAUGGACAAACCCCACUGAUGCUGGCCAUCAUGAAUGGCCACGUGGAUUGUGUCCAUCUGCUGCUAGAGAAAGGAUCCACAGCUGAUGCUGCUGACCUCCGGGGCCGCACCGCCCUCCACCGUGGGGCAGUGACUGGCUGUGAGGACUGCCUGGCUGCCCUGCUGGACCACGACGCAUUUGUGCUGUGCCGAGACUUCAAGGGCCGCACCCCCAUUCACCUGGCCUCAGCCUGUGGCCACACUGCAGUGCUGCGGACCCUGCUGCAGGCUGCUCUUUCCACAGACCCCCUGGAUGCUGGCGUGGAUUACAGUGGAUACUCGCCCAUGCACUGGGCCUCCUACACUGGACACGAAGAUUGUCUGGAGUUGUUACUUGAACACAGCCCGUUUUCAUACCUGGAGGGAAACCCCUUCACUCCUUUGCACUGUGCAGUAAUUAAUAACCAGGACAGCACCACAGAGAUGCUGCUGGGAGCUCUGGGUGCCAAGAUUGUGAACAGCCGAGAUGCCAAAGGACGGACCCCUCUUCACGCCGCUGCCUUCGCGGACAAUAUAUCUGGGCUCCGGAUGCUACUGCAGCAUCAAGCCGAGGUGAACGCCACUGACCACACUGGCCGCACUGCGCUCAUGACGGCGGCCGAGAACGGCCAGACUGCUGCUGUGGAAUUUCUGCUGUAUCGAGGGAAGGCAGACCUUACUGUGCUGGAUGAGAACAAGAACACUGCCCUCCACUUGGCUUGUAGCAAGGGCCAUGAGAAAUGUGCCCUCAUGAUCCUGGCAGAAACCCAAGACCUUGGCCUUAUCAAUGCUACCAACAGUGCGCUGCAGAUGCCACUCCACAUUGCUGCCCGGAACGGUCUAGCUUCUGUGGUACAGGCCCUCCUGAGUCGUGGGGCCACAGUGCUGGCUGUGGAUGAAGAAGGUCAUACCCCAGCACUGGCCUGCGCCCCCAACAAAGAUGUGGCCGACUGCCUGGCCUUGAUCCUCUCCACCAUGAAGCCUUUCCCACCCAAGGACGCCGUCAGUCCUUUCAGCUUCAGCCUGCUCAAGAACUGCGGCAUCGCAGCAGCCAAGACGGUGGGUGGCUGCGGCGCCCUGCCCCACGGGGCCUCUUGCCCCUACAGCCAGGAGCGGCACGGCGCCAUCGGGUUAGACGGCUGCUACUCGGAGUAGCCCCCCUUCAGUGUCCCUCCCCCUGCCGGUGGCUUGAUAUCUUAUUCUAUUUAUUUAGAAAAAGUCUAUACAUUUAGGGCACUUUAAAGGAGAACACGACUGGGUGGGGGGACAGAGCGGGGGGGGGGAAGCACUGGGGAGCAGCUGCUCACCCCUUUGCCACACCAUCCUGGCCUGGCAGGGGUCUGGGACCGACAGGAAGCACCCCAGGCCCUUGGCACCCCCAGGGCAACCCCUUCUGCCAAGUGUCCCCAAAUGAUUGCUAAAUGCCUGGCUACCCUCUCUUUUACCCCAUCUCUCCGUUCCCCCUUUCUGCUGCCAACUCCCCCCACCCUUCCCUCUCUCUCCUCGCCGUGCCCCCCUCCCUGCCCCUACUGCCAGGCACAUCCCUCCUCUUCCAUACCCAUCACUGCCUCCCUGCUCGGCUGGCCCCUCCAUCCCCGCAGCAGUGAGAAGCCUUAAUUUCUGGUACUGUGUGAGCACUCUGGGGGUGUCCCCCUCCCCCUUCAGGGGCAGCUAGUGGAUGAGGGGGGAGGGUACUUAGCACUGGGGCCUGGAGCUUUUCCCCCAUUCUCUACCCCAUCACCCCUAAAGUUCAAAUGCAAAACACUUGAAGCAGCAACUACUGUACCUGGGCCCCAAUCCUGCACUCUCCCCUGGCUCCUCAUAUGCAAAUCAAGGGCUGGUUCUGCCCCCACAGCCUGCUCCUCCCGGACUCCCUUCCACGCACUUUAACCUUGCUUCUUUCUUUUAACUUCUUUUGGGAGGACAGAGCCUGUGGCCGUUCCCUCCCUGGCUCCCCCCUCCCUUAACUUUGAGGCUUGUCAUGAAUUUUUAAGUAAGCAUUUUAUCCUUUAGGGGAAGAAACAAAUUAAUUUCCUGCCCAUUUCAAAACCACAGCCCUAGUACGUCCUGUGCGUUUCAGGCAUGUGUUUGCAUGUGUGGGGAGGGAAGGACCCCGUUCUUCCUCCUGUGCCCCCUAGGUCCAUAGUUCCUCCGUGCCCCCACCUUCCGUUAUGUCCAAGAGUACCCACCGCCCCCAGUCACUCCUGAUCUGAAGCCAAAGAUGGUGGGAGGGGCAGGGCAGACUAGGGACCGUGGCUACUCGGAGGACCCAGGCUUCCCCUCUGGUGUGAGGAUGAAGCUCUGAUCUAGGGAGCGCGAGGAAUACACACUGAGGCUGGGGCCCUGCCCCGCCCCCCAGCAGCGGGGAGAGAUGGGAUUGAGCUAGGGGCUGCACUGAGGAGAUUCCUAAAGGUCAUCCUCCCACAAGCCAAACUGGGCCAGAGUGAGGAGGGGGCAGUUUUCUCUCUAAAUGUAGCAUUGAAUUUGGCCCUGGUCCCUUUCAACGCCUUGUCCACCGCCAGAUAAGCCUCUACUCCCUUAGCCCAGCAUUCCCUUCCUCGCACUCAAUACCUCAGCCAGGGGCCAAGACACAGAACUUGAAUAGAGGUCAUGCCCCCUCCACCCCCACAGUGCAUCCUUGCCCAGUUUGGCUGCCAUCAGUAUUGUCCCCUGAGAACUGGACAGGCUUCGUUUACACAGUACAGGGUCCCCCCCCCCACCCUGGGGGAUCCCUCAGCC